AUGGAGAGAAAUCUUUUGCUUUUCUUUGAUCGUCCACAUGAACCUGUAUUUGUACCCAGAAGUGAGCAAAAAGUUUGCUUCGAAGUACCUAUAAGUUACUUGACUGAUGAAUAUCAACCAGUAGCUCAGAGGAUAUUAACUCGAUUUGGCAAUGAAGCCCAGUCUUCAAUUCCCAUCAAACCAAUUGCUAUUCCCGACUUGAGAAUACCUUUAACACUAAGUCGUCAAGAGCCAUUUUCCUUAUUCAUCCCUCGUCACCGUAAAUGUGCUGCCCAGAUGACAGAACUCUUUAUAGGUAUGAGAACUGUUGACGACUUGAUAUCUCUAGCGGCCUACUGCCAUGACCGCGUCAAUCCUCAAAUGUACAUAUACGCUUUAUCAGUGGCAAUUCUACAUCGUUCGGACACCAAACAUCUUCCUAUACCGCAGCUUUCUGAGAUUUUUCCAGACAAAUUCGUGGAUAGUUCAGUUUUCAGUCGAGCACAAACAGAAGCAAAUGUUGUUCCAACUGGUUCAAGAAAUCCAAUUGAAAUUCCAUUGGAGUGGACAGCAACUGAUGUCGAUGAAGAACAUCGUGUAGCUUACUUCCGUGAAGAUAUUGGAAUCAAUCUUCAUCAUUGGCAUUGGCAUCUUAUUUAUCCAUUUGAUGGACCAAUGGUCGCAGUCAAUAAAGAUAGGCGCGGAGAACUUUUCUACUAUAUGCACCAUCAGAUCAUGGCUCGUUAUAACACAGAACGUCUUUGCAAUGGAUUAGCACCUGCCGCUCCCUUAGAUAAUUUACGCGCUCAAAUUCCUGAGGCAUACUUUCCUAAAAUGGACCAAAAUGUUGCUGGGCGAGCUUAUGCAUCCAGGCCCCCAAACAUGUUUCUGUCGGAUGUAAAAAGACAAGUUGAUGACUUGACGGUGACCCUUAACCAGAUGGAGAGUUGGAAAAAUUCCAUAAUUGAUGCUAUCAGUAGGCGUUCAGUACGCAUGGCCAAUGGAACAGUAAGACAACUUGAUGAGGAAACGGGUAUCGACAUUCUUGGAAAUAUAAUGGAAGCCAGUAUACUUAGCCCCGAUCAAAAUCGUUACGGCGAGUUACACAACAUGGGACACGUUGUUCUUUCGUUUAUCCACGAUCCUGAUCAUCGUUAUCUUGAAUCAUUCAGUCCCGUUGGUGAUCCAUCAACUGCUAUGAGAGAUCCAGUUUUUUAUAGAUGGCAUGAAUUUGUCGACGAAGUAUUCGCUUUAUUCAAAGAUAGUUUGCCUCCUUACAGUAUCCAACAAUUGAAUUUCGCAGGAGUUACUAUACAGGAUAUUCACAUUAACACUCCAAAUUACAAUCCUAAUGUUCUAAGGUGCCAUUGGAGCAAAAGUGACAUCGACUUGUCUCGUGGCCUCGAUUUUGCCCCACGUGGAUCUGUGCUUGUGCGUGUGCAACAUCUUGAUCAUGAAGCUUUCACAUACAGCUUCCUCAUCAACAAUUCAAAUACUAAAGAAGUCAUGGCCACAGUACGCAUUUUCAUGGCUCCUAAAUUUGAUCAGAGUGGUCGUCAGUUGAGUCAAAAUGAACAAAGGAUGCUUAUGAUCGAAAUGGAUAAAUUCACUACCAGGCUGAGAAAAGGGCAAAACGGUAUUACAAGAAGUUCUACUCAAUCGUCGAUAACUAUUCCAUUUGAAGCUUCAUUCCGCAAUGUAGACCAAAAUAGACCAGAAAACAACGACUUGCAAAAUUUUGAUGCUUUCAAUUUCUGUGGAUGUGGGUGGCCUCAACAUAUGCUUGUACCAAAGGGUAAUACCGAUGGAUUUGCUAUGGACCUCUUCGUAAUGGUGUCUGAUUAUCAACAGGAUCGGAUCAAUCAACCCGAUCCUAUUGGUUGCCGAGAUGGAGUCAGCUUCUGUGGUCUCAGGGAUCGCAAAUACCCUGACGCACGAGCAAUGGGAUUCCCAUUUGACCGCAGGGCUAAUCCAGGUAUCAACGCAAUGGUGGACUUCCUUACUCCUAACAUGAAACUACAACAAGUUACAAUUCGUUUCUCUGAUAAUAUCAAACCUCGCAAAUCGGGCAAUUCCCAAUUGUCUGCAUCAAAUAAAAUGGACAAAAAUCUCUUACUUCUAUUUGAUCGUCCUCAUGAACCAGUUUUUGUUCCAAAAGGACAGAAGAAAGUCAGCUUCAACAUCCCGACAAAUUAUUUGCUUGAACGUUAUCAGCCAGUUGCUCAAAGGAUCUUAUCGCGAUUUGGCAAUGAUGCUCUUUCAUCCAUUCCAAUUAAGCAAAUUGCGAUCCCUGAUUUGAGUGUGCCUUUAUCACUUGGUCGCCGAGAAGCUUUUUCUCUCUUCUUACCUCGUCAUCGAAAAUGUGCAACUCGCUUGACGGAACUUUUUUUGGGAAUGAGGACUGUAGAAGAUUUACUCUCUUUAGCUGCUUACUGUCGUGAUCGCGUCAAUCCUCAAAUGUUUAUCUACGCAUUGUCCGUCGCAAUUUUACAUCGCCCAGACACCAAGCAUCUCUCAAUUCCGCAAAACUCGGAAAUUUUUCCCGAUAAAUAUUUUGACAGUGAAAUCUUCUCUCGUGCCAAGGAAGAGGCCAACGUUGUGCCAAAUGGCUCCAGAACGCCAAUUGAGAUUCCUUUGAAUUGGACUGCUACGGACAUUGACCCAGAACACCGAGUAGCUUACUUUCGCGAAGACGUUGGCAUUAAUCUUCAUCACUGGCACUGGCAUCUCGUCUACCCGUUUGAAGGUCCUCGCGUUGCGGUCAAUAAAGACCGUCGUGGUGAACUCUUUUAUUACAUGCAUCAUCAAAUCGUAUGCAGAUAUAAUAUCGAGCGUCUGUGUAAUAAUUUGGGUCGUAUGCGUCGAUUGACCAACUUCCGCGAUCCGAUUCCCGAAGCUUAUUUCCCGAAGUUGGAUCAGACAGUGGCUGGACGAUCCUAUCCAGCCAGGCCCACUAAUAUGGUACUGUCAGACGUGAACCGACAAGUCGACGAGCUAAGAUUUGCCCUUACCGAUCUCGAUCAAUUUCGGGAGCGCAUACUAACUGCCAUAAGAACGCGCACAAUUCGCAAUGCAAAUGGCAGUCAAACGCAAUUGGACGAAAAUACCGGCAUCGACAUCCUUGGGAACAUGAUAGAAGCCAGUAUUCUCAGCCCCGACCGCAAUUUCUACGGAGAUUUUCAUAAUUACGGUCACCUUGCCAUAUCAUACGCUCACGAUCCCGAUCACCGCUUCCUGGAAACGUUCGCUGUAAUGGGCGACUCCACGACGGCCAUGAGGGAUCCCGUAUUCUACGCAUGGCACAGCUACAUCGACUACCUGUUCACACUGUUCAAGGACAGUCUUCCCGCGUAUACACAGCAACAACUGGACUUCCCCGGAGUCACCGUGCAAGACAUACGCAUUAAUACUCCCGGAGUGAAUCCAAACACCCUCAAUUGCCAUUGGAGCAAGAGCGAUGUCGACUUGUCGCGCGGCCUUGACUUUGCUCCCCCAGGUGCGGUUCUUGCCCGAAUCCAGCAUCUUGACCACGAAUCUUUCUCCUACUCUUUCGUCGUCAAUAAUUCCAAUAAUCAAGAGGUCAUGGGGACCGUGCGUGUCUUUAUCGCGCCCAAGUUCGAUGAGAAUGGCGGACCGCUGGGACAAAAUGACCAGAGAAUGCUCAUGGCCGAGAUGGACAAGUUCGUCGUUAGGCUGAGGAGAGGUCAGAACGUGCUCACCAGAAAUUCCGUUCAAUCGGCAAUCACUAUUCCAUUCGAGGCGACUUUCCGGAACCUCGAACAGAAUCGACCCAACGCCUCUGAUAUUCAAAAUUCUGACGCUUUCAAUAUUUGUGGCUGCGGUUGGCCGCAACAUAUGCUAGUACCCAAAGGCACCAGCAGCGGAUUCCCUAUGGACCUCUUCGUCAUGAUUUCCGACUACAGACUGGACAGAAUCGAGCAAGCUGAAGCAGCUGGAUGCCGAGACGGAGUCAGUUUCUGCGGCUUGAGGGAUCGCAGAUAUCCAGAUGCGCGUGCAAUGGGUUUUCCGUUCGAUCGUAUAGCUCGUCGGGGAGUUAACACCAUGCAAACCUUCCUCACUCCCAACAUGAGACUGCAACAAGUCACCGUUCGCUUCUCCAACGUCAUCAAGCCACGACAAUCGGGUCGCCCACAAAUCGGCUAA